AUGGCCUCAAACGCUCCCCUAGGCAUGGCAGCCUACGCCGCCCCUUCUCUCUUCCAGCCUCACAGAGCCCGUGACGCUAUUAGAGAUGCUCACAAGAAGAAGAUUCCUCCUCUGCUGGGUUACUACGCUGGUCUGAGUGCCGUUCCCCUGACCCGACUCCUGGCCCCCAUGAACUUUGACUGUGUCUGGAUCGACUGGGAGCACACAUCUUGUAACGUGGAGACUAUGACGACCAUGGUCCACGAGGCCAUCUUUAUGAGCCAGGGCCGCACUAUUCCCUGGGUUCGAGUUCCUGGCCAUGACCACGCUGCCAUUGGAUACGCCCUGGAUGCCGGUGCGAGCAUCGUCAUCCCUCAGGUUGAGACUGUGGAGCAAGCAAAGCAUGUCGUCUCAUCUGCCAAGUACGGUACCAAGCAGAACGGCACCCGAUCAGCUCCCCCAUUCAGACUGCUCCCUUAUAUCACUGAUACUCCUUACGACUCAACACGUGACCUCCACAAGUGUCUCAACGACCAGGCUGCCAUCAUGAUUCAGAUCGAAACUCUUGAGGGUAUCAACAACCUUGACGCUAUUCUCACCGAGGUCCCUGACAUCGACCUUGUGUGGCUUGGCUCCCUCGACUGCCGUUUGAGCAUGAACCUCCCCGGAAACAUGGGCAUGGGCGGUGACGAGCAAGAGUGGUUGGACGCCCGCGAGAAGUUCUUCUCCGUCUUGGACAAGCACGACAAGCCCUACUCCGGCUUUGCCUUUGGCGCCCCUCCAUUCGGAUCCCCCGAGGCUCUGAAGAAGGCCGCCGAGAGGAUGAGCAUGGUCAUCAUGUCUGCUGAUGUGAUGCACCUGAUGGCCAUGGGCCAGGACCUGGCUCAGGCUCGGGAGAUUGUUGCCUCUCCUGAGACUAACGGAGAGACUAAUGGAGAGAAGAAGGAGAAUGGAGUCCGAGUUGAGAAGAACUGA